ACCUAUAUUAUGAUGCUUUCAUCAGGUAACGAAAACUUUCUUCCCGAUCGAAUUUGGCGUGGGAAUCAAUCUGCAUGGCAACGAGAGUACUUUGCGAGAAACGCAAUGAAAUUAUUCAGUGAGGUUUAAUGCCAAGGGCAUAUGCUCGCGGUAUAUAUCCCUUUUUUUUUCUCAAUUUUUUUUGUCUGUUUUUUAUUUUUUCUUCUGUCACCCAGGAAAAUGAAUCUGACAGUCGUGAACUGGUGCCGCAAAACUGUAUUUUUGCGAUUCUUAUUUUAAUCAAGUGUCAUUAUGUCAAAGAAUUUUAUGACAUGUACAUCGUGCAUAUUUUGCAUACAUUUGUAUGUCAGUAAGACAGCAAGAGGCUCUUCUUCUUUUUUGUAAUUCUAGUGGUGAAUUCCAGAGGUAUUAAAAAACGCUUUUCCUACCAUUUCAAUAAAAGUUUGUAUUGUUUGCGUUCCCAUUGAAGUCAUUGUUUCAAACCUUCUAUCUUUACCAGCCAGGCAACGGGCAGGUUUUCCUUUAUUUACAUUAAAAUUCAUGUCAUAAUGUUUUUUCGUGAAAACGUAAUUAUAUAUAUUGCAUCGGAAAUGAGAUGAAGUCUGUGACUUUACCGGGGAGAAGAGUUUUAAUUCACAGUUAUUGAUGAGACACGAAAUACCUUUGAGGCAAUUCACUGGGUUUUUUUUGGACGCGGUUUUGCAAUGGCUUUUUGUGGCAGUAUUCUUGUUUUCUUCUUGCUGGGAAUUCAGCGAAAAAUUAGUAUUGCUGUAACAGAUCGUGCAGAUGGGGAAAUUAGUAUAAACAUUGCAAUUUUUUUCAACGCUUCUGAUCGCUUCCUACACAGCAUUGUACAAAACUCAAAAGAAAACUUUCUUGUCAACCAACGGGAAAAUAAUUUGCUGAACGAAAAUUUAACGUUUUACGAUAAUCCAUGGUGGCAAGAUAUGACCAACUCAGGACGUAGUCAGAUUGGUUUAAAUGACUCGCUUUCCGUUGUCUGGAAUAUCUCAUCGAAAAUUCAAGGUGCAAUUUUUGUGGAUAUCAACAGUGAUUCUACAUUUCUCUCGUCUCUUUUGGAACGAUCGGGGAUUCCAACUAUUGGUGUCUUCCAGAGAAGCGAACAACUCAGAACACAGGAGAGCCCUGCUGAUUUUACAAGAGUCGCCGUACCCUCGAUAAAUUAUUACGCACAAGUCAUUUGGGAAUUCAUGAAAAAGAUAGAGAGGAGCAGUCUCUGCUUGGUAUUAUCCGCUGACUCCGACGGAGAAGCGCUUGCUGACUCGAUGGCACGAAUGGCAAAAGACGAGAAAUGGUUGAUUAAAGAGAUAUUCUGGCUUGCUGGAAGUAGCUCGCUCUCAAUAGAAACCGAGAUAAAGUCUAUUAUUUCACAACAAAGCGAUGUUGUCGUCGUACACAGCAGGGAUAAAGACAAUGAGCCUUUGUUUCGAGCAAUGAAAAAGUUCAAUGCGACUGGCACAAUAUGGAUUUUAACUCACAUAACAGAAUACGGAAUAUCACAUCUUGAUGUUCUUCCCGCUGGCUUGAUUAAAAUAAACGCAAGAAAGAGAGAAGUGAACCUCGAUGAUACCUUGUAUUCGGAUGCCAUUUACGACGCCUUUCUUCUGUUUCAAACUGCAUUUGAGAGGGCGCAAAGAAAAACUCCAUAUCAGAUCGAAGAAGAAGAUGCAUGUUUUGAGGCAAAUACAAGCUCAAGGGAAAUACAGGAUCUAUUCAAGAUGUAAGCCUUGAACGACUAAUUUUAUCCAUUUAACAUCUAUCUUUAGCAUGAAUCGCUCAACCGAUUUUUGGCACGUGGGUGUUUCGAAGGCAACAGUUGAACUGUGUAAUCGUUCGAUUGCAAUUCAUGCAACUUAGGACUCAACAGACGAAGGAAAACGUUGUCGACAACUUCUAUCACCGGCCAUCAGCUAUCACCCACCAGAGACGGGUUAGAUCAGUGCUAAAAAUCAGUUGUGAUCUAAUGCGGGAACAAACUUUUGUGUGCUUAAUUUAUAUUUAUUAAGAGCCCUUUAAGUUUUGAAGUCGAAUGAAUGUUGAAGCCAAGAGAGACUGCGGAUCUUAACCGUUAGUUUUAUGGCCAGCUUUCGCAACAUUUUCGGUGUAAAAAUGAUAUAAUUCCUCAGAAGUGCUGAGCUCAGUCUUUGCGAAUUGCUGUCAAGCAUUCGAUCGAAAUCAUUCAAUGAUUUCGAUCGAAUGCUUAAAAAGUAAAGUUUACGCCAUUAAUCUUCCAUAUAGCUCUUCGAAGACUUGCGAGGCGUCUACGUCGCUAAACAACCUAGAGGAUCUGCAAUGAUGUGGGUGUCAGUUUAACAAAUAGAUUCCAUGUUGCCGUGCGACUUUUCAGUAAUAGUAAAAGUAGCACACAAAGCGCGAUAGCCGAGUGUGUCACUGAUGUUCUUACCACAUUUUGACGUCUUCUGUGAUCUAUUACAGAACAGACGCACGGCAACGUGAAUUCUAUCUGUUUUACAUUAGAAAAAAAAGAAAACCAAAAAGUCAAUGACGUCUUCUAUACAUCUGUCCUCCAGUAGCGAGAAUAAUCUGACUUAUUAUAUAAUAAAUGGUAGAUGCUUAAUUUCUCAGUUCUCAGCUAUCGCUAAAUUCUGCGAAUCUCAAACCUCAUGUUAAAAAACAUGGCUUCCACAGCAGGUAAAAAUUUGGAUAAUCAUAUAUCAGCUCUCACUUAAUUAUGAACCCCAUCCAAACCUUCAACCACCAAAUAUCUUUCCAUACCUAAUAUUCUCAAAUUAAAGUGAAUUGCUAUGCAUCGCUAA